AUGCAAAACAACUAUGGCCGUCCAGAUGAGAUAAUAGCCGCCGAAACCUUGGCCAAUCAUAUACGUUGUAAUAAUUCCUUUGUACAGGCGGUAUUUCAAGCACAAUUUCGUUCAUCGUUGACCUGCCCUCGCUGUAAAAAACAAUCUAACACCUUCGAUCCAUUCCAUUGUAUAUCGGUGCAAUUACCCCAAUUAACGCAACAGACAAUCUUUGUUACUGUAGUUUAUUUAACACAGCAACCACGACAAGUACGCAUGGGUCUGACAGUCACUGCCGGUUCACCCAUAAUGGCCCUACGAGAGCAAUUGCACAAGGAUACGGGUAUACCAAAUGAACGUAUGGUAUUGGUUGAUUUGCAAAAGGAGGGUUUUAUGCGUGUCUUUUACGAUACACAGCCAGUGAAUACUUUACAAGGUAUUGAAACGAUAUAUUGUAUAGAAGUACCAUUGGAAAAGGAUGCUAAAGUGGAGGGUACUACAGCAACAACUUCACAAUCAAAUGUAAAUAAACCACAAUCUGCCGAUUUAUUGGUGCUGGUGGCAAAUGUUAAGAAAAAUAAAGUAGAGAAUGCGGAAAGCACAGAGAAAAAGGAGUUAAUCUCCAUAGAACGUUUUGGUGCUCCAUUUUGUUUACAAAUACCCAGAGAUUGUUCUUAUUCUGAGUUGCAAAAGAAAUUGUUAAGAGAAAUGUCAUCUCUACUAAAGCCAGAAGUCUUUUCCUAUGCCACCCCUUUGAGUGAAAUGUUUCAAAUACGUUUACAAGAUCCCUCAGCAGAUCCAGAUACUUUUAUAGAACAAGUAGAACAUCCUUUACUAACCGAAAUGAUAGAUUUGGCAUUGUCGGUGUUAUCGGCCGAAGCUGGACCCACACAUGUAAAGCUGCUGCUGGAGUGGCCAGAGCCAGAGGCUUAUUUUUGUGAUCUUUCCGAUCAAGUGGUGGAACAUGAAAGUGUACCACGUCUAUUGGCUAAUAAGACAAAUGAUACAGCAGCCUUGACUUUGGAACAGUGUCUGGAACAUUAUACCAAAGCUGAAACUUUGAGUGCUGAAGAUGCCUGGCGUUGUCCACAUUGCCAGGAAUACUUACCGGUUGUGAAAACUUUAGGCUUAUGGUCUCUACCCGAUAUAUUGGUCGUGCACUUUAAACGUUUUCGCCAACAUCAUGGCAAAGGUGCCAAUGCCGCUAAAUUGACCACCAUGGUUAAUUUUCCUUUACAUUCGUUUGAUAUGUCUCCCCACUUGGCCAGAGGAGUAAAUGAAACAAAUACUAGCGGCAAUGCGUUAACAGCAGAUAGUGCCGCCUUCAACCGUCCCAGUCCAUGGCGUAGAUCAAAGCCUGGUGAUUCACGUUCUUCCACUUUAAGUUCUCGUGACAAUCGUGAGACGCGCUAUGAUUUAUAUGCCGUCUGUUAUCAUCAGGGUGAUACUUUGGAAACGGGUCAUUACACUGCCGCCUGCAAGAAUCCCUACGAUCGUCAAUGGUAUAAAUUUGAUGAUCAGCGUGUUUCCAAAGUCUCUAGUGAAUCUUUGCCCGAUGAAAUCGUUAAUAAUGAGGCUUAUAUGUUGUUUUAUCAACGUAGAACUUCGGAAAAUGCUGAAUGUUCUGGCUCGAGCUCAAAUUCUAGUGAUCAUUGGAUAUCACGCAUAGCGCCACCUGUGUCAGUGCCGGUAGCAGCAGCUUCCACCUCCACCGCCUGCUCCUCAACGGUUGUGGUACAUAAUUCAGAGGAAAAUGUGAAAAAUGAGACUAUCACUGUUAAAACACCAACAACUAUAGAAGAAAUUGAGCCAGAGGUUAAGCCAUUAGAAACGAAAGAAAUAAUUAAGGAAAUCCAAACUAAAGAGGAAAAUGCUCAAACUAAAAAGGACGAAGAUAUACAAAAACCUAUUGCUGCAAAUAGUGCUCAAACUACUAACACCGAAACUAAUUUAGAUGCUUUAGAGAAACUUUUAGAUUAUGCCGAUGCUGACGUUUUACAUGAUGAAGCUGACGAUUUAGAGGCAAAGUUAGAACAAUUGGAAAUUAUAGAAAAUGAGGAACAUAGCACUGAAAUUUUUACCAUGGAUGAGGAUUGUAAACUAGAGGAAGAAGUAGUGGAGUGUAAAGAUAACAGUAAAGCUUUACUAACAAACCAAACAGCAACGACUACAAAUGGCGAGGACAAAGAACUAAUAGCUAAAACACCCUUAACGACAACUGACGAAGUGGAUAAUAAUAAUGACAAAGAGAAAACACCUUCUUCCACAGCCUCAUCCUCCUCUUCGUCACUAUCUUCGCAAUCACCAGCGCCCAGUUCUCUGGCUGUCUCUAAAGAUGCCGCCAAUAAUUUACAAAAUAAAUUCAAUGGUUUUCUUCAAUCCCAUAAUACUACAACAACAGCGAAUGAAAAGGAACAUUUACUAUCUUCCAGCCUUAAAAGUAAUAGUAGCAGUAUUAUAGGUUCUGCUUUAGCAGGACACUUUUCCACUUAUCGCCAACCUUGGCAUGGCAGUCGCUCAAGUGUUUCGGCUGUGGAAAAUGCCAUGCAACCCUCUACGACAGUAGCAGCACAACAUCCUUCUCUUCAUCUAAGACAUUCCUUUUCUACGGCUUCCAAUUAUCGUUUGCGGGAGUGUGGUGAUACCUUAUCUUCGGUAUUAAGAAAUUCCGUUAAUACCUGCAGUAAAGAUACUUUAAUAUUUUUAGAUCAGCAUCAACAACAUCAUCACCAUGCUGCCCAUCAUCAUCAUCGUCAUCACCAACAUCAUAGUUUAAUGGAGGAUGAUGAUGAUUCUAAUUUUAUGGGUAGUCGUUCAUUAUGGAUAUCUCCAGUAACGCCGCAUAAACUAAUAACAGUAUCACCCAAAAAUUGAGAUACAAUUUAAUAAAGAAAAACCAACCUAUAUUUAUUUAUUAUAUUUUAACUA